AUGGCGUCGUCACCACCGUACCGGUUCCCCGCACUCUGCGAGGAGGAGCCCGCGCGACGCUCCGCCAGGCAGUCAUGCGGGACAUGCGGCGCGUCGGCCGUGGCCAACUGCGUGGCACUGUGCUGCUGCCCGUGCGCCGUGGUGAGCUGCUUCACGCUGGCGCUCGUCAAGGCGCCCUACGUGGCCGGCCGGCGAUGGGUCAGGCGCGCCAAGACGCGGCGUAUCAGCAGGGGCGUGCUGCGGAAGACGAGGCGCGUCCGGGACCUGGACGACCAGCUGUACCAGGUGGAGGGGCUGGGCGGCAGUGGCGGCGCCGCGCGGGCGAGCAAGGAGGGGGACUGGGGCGGGAUGGGCCGGACUGCCGCCUCGGGUUGGUGGGAGAACACCAAUGAUGUAAAUUUGCUCGGGGAUGGCAGGAUGAGGGUGAGCGUGACGGAGAAGGCGUGGAUGGAGAUGUACGACGUCGGCCACUGGGGCUUCGGCCGGCUGUCCUUCUCGCGGGCCAGAGAGGCCGCGCCCGCCGUGCAGGUGGUCAGGGACGACCGAGAGCCCCAAGAGGAUGGCACUGUUGCUGCGGGGCGGUGA